CUGCGUGCGCGUGUUUCUGCACGAGCAGUAAGCCCAGCACGUUUAGCGAGCGAUUUAUUUUGAUUUUCAGGCGGAAGGUGGGUCGUCUUUGAUUUAGGUUAAGAAAGUCGUUUCGCCCGAAUAGUCGUGUUUAAGAGGUGGGGUACGACCCUGGGUACCUCAUAGCUGAUGGCAGUGGUACGGGAGGGGCCCUGGAGGAGUCUGUGGUCAGGGAAGAAGGUGGUGCUGGCAGCAGGCCUCUCUAUAGGAGCCACAGUGGGCUACAUCAUUUACUGCCACAUAAAGAGCAAGAGUGCACAAUGCCAAAGGGCAGAGCAGUCCAGACUUUCUAUGCCCCUUGAUGUCUACAGAUCUAUUGCAAGACACCAGAGCACCUUUCUGGACAUAGUGAACCAGAAGUCUGGGGCUCAGGUGAACGUGCUGGGAAACGAGGAGGAACAGAGCUCCAUGUGCUUCUUGCUGCAGGGCACAGCAGAGCAGCUGCUCUUGGCCAAGUGCUCCCUGGAGAAGCUGGCUUCCGACUGUGAGCUCAUCACUCAUAUACUUGAGGUGCCUCACACGGCCUUUGGUAGAAUCAUAGGUCGUGGGGCUGAGACUCUAAAGUUAAUUAACCGGACAUCAGGAGCACGAGUGACCUGUCCACGGGACCGUGGCUGCAGCCAGCAGGAGAAAGGCAAGGUCACAAUCAUGGGAACACGGCAGGAAGUACAGCGUGCUAAGGAGAUGAUCAUGGAGAAAGUGCUGGAGAAUGAAACUGUGCGGAAGCGGAUAAGCCAGUCAUCUGCUCUGCGCCAGAAAAGGAAACCCCCAGUACCUGAGCCACUCCACAAAGUUCAGGGCCAUGAAGCAGACAUCUUAAAUGGAGAGAGCCUACUCUCACCACUGACUGAAGCAAGCCUAAUUCAUACCAGUGAAUCCCACUGGUUUGUCAGCAGUGGUGACCACACUGCAGAAAAUUCCCUUAAAUCGGAUGAGGAGGAGAUUCCAUCACCAGCUUCACUGUUGGAGGUCUCAAAAUUUGAGAUCCCUAGUCCAGACCUGAGCUUCCAACCUGGUGAGCAUUUGGAGGUGUAUGUGUCUGCUUCCGAGCACCCACAACACUUUUGGAUCCAGAUCAUAGGCGUUCGAUCCCUUCAGCUAGACAAGCUGACCGCUGAGAUGAGUCGUUUCUACAACGGAGACAUUUUACACGAGCACAAAGUGGAGGCGAUAGUUGUGGGUGACAUUCUGGCGGCUCCUUAUCGAGACCAUGGGACAUGGAACCGGGCCCGAGUACUGGGGGUACUGGGUUCUGGCCUUGUCGACAUCUACUAUGUGGAUUUUGGGGAUAAUGCAGAGCUGCCACGAGAUCAGCUACGCAGCAUGAGAAGUGAUUUCUUAAGCUUGCCCUUCCAAGCCAUUGAGUGCAGUCUGGCAGGAGUUCUUCCUGCAGGGGAGACCUGGACAGAAGAAGCUCUGGAUGACUUUGAGCGAAUGACGUACUGUGCAGAGUGGAAACCUUUACUGGCCAAACUAUGCAGUUACUCUCACUCAGAGCUGUCUUCUUGGCCUCUGGUGAAACUAUAUGAUAACAGCGAAGGGAAGGUUGUGGACCUAGGGGAAGAGUUGAUUAGGUUGGGCCAUGCUAUGAGCUGUCAGGAUGAGGGCGGUGGACUUAGAGAAGGGGAUGAGGCCCGAUCCCUGCAAAAGAUGUUGGAUGACAUGACUGGGGUGACUUCAGAGCUCAGCCUGUCCUGUAUAAGCUUGUCAGGUUCUGCAUUGACCUGGGAGAGGGAGCAGCUGGCAUGGUCUCAGAGCUGCCCCAGCUCGGUGGAGUUUGAGCGGGCCGAUGUGGAGCAGAACGCCUCUGGCAGCCUCGUGCCCUCGUCGUCCUUACUGAUGCACUCAACGCCCUCUCUGAGUUUCAGCGAGCUCGUCAGCCAUGUCAUCGGGUCCUCCAGCUCAGCAGCUUCGCCACUGGAUCAGAGUGUCUUCACUCCUCAGAGCCCUGCGACCUCUUUCGGUCUGCUGUCCGGAACGGGAGGAAGGCCCGAGCGAGAUCUUUGCUUACCCGCCAGCAUCCCUUCGCUGUUGUUGUUGUGGUCGUCGUCGUCCUCCUCCUCCUCCUCCUCCAUAGAUGCAGUGAGGGCUGCACUGGAUUUCGUUACUCUCAGUGACGAUGUGUUCCUGGGGUCAGGUGGUGGCAGCAGCAGUGCAGCGACUUCGUCCUCGCAGCUGGUCGAGUCUGAGUCGUCCCACAGCAGAAGUGAGCAGAGCAGCAUAAGAGGCAUCUGGUAUUACCUCUCAUCCUCUAGGGACUCCACAGAGACAUCGAUCAACACCACCAUGCCAGCGUCAUCCAGCGUGUCGUCGUCUGCCUGUCCGUCGUCAUCCUCCUGUCUGCCAGAGUCUGAGGACGUGACCCCUGCAACCUCUUCCUCCUUAAUUUGUCUGAGCUCUGAUCUCUCAGACAGCGCUGACAGCUCCAGCAUGACUGGGAAGUUGCCUCCAUAUCUGGAAGUGUGGAUGAUGUUCUUGAAGAAGAAUUUAACUGAGAAAAGACCAAAGAAAAGUAUGCCUUCAUAUUCAGAGCACCUGUGAUCACCCAGCUGGCACUGAAACUCAUGCUUCCUUGCAAGCGGGAGCCUUAACUUGACUAUGCUAUGUAUUCUGUGUAAAUCUAUUUAUUUAUUUAUUUGUUUUUGUUUGUUUGUUUUUGGCCAUUUAAAUUGCCAGCACUAGAGUUUUUAGCUUUUGUCAGCCCAUACUUGCCUUGCACCAAGCUGCUUAUGAACAGUGAAUUGAUGAUCAGAUGUGGAGUAGUGCUCAGGGAAUAUAGAAAGACACUCAGAAUUAUAAAGGUUGUGCAAUUGGGUGAUGUCGUCAUAAAUUGAGUUGAAGGAAUGGUUCUGUUUUAGUACUCUUUGUACUUUUAUUGUAACAUUGUUUUGUUUGUUUAUUUUGUGUAUUUCAGGGUUUGUCCUCUCAAACAAAUAAUAUAAA